AUGGGACGCCUCAAAGAAUCAGACCCUCCCGAUGGUGGAUGGGGAUGGGUUAUUGUAUUCAGCGCAUUUACAAUCCAGAUGAUUGUGAAUGGGUCACAACUUACCACUGGUUUACUCUAUGUGUCUCUGAAGAACUAUUUUAACGAAUCGGCUACUACUACUGCAUGGGUACUUUCACUUUCAACGGCUUUAAUGCAGAUGUCAGGUCCUCUUGGAACCUAUAUUGCUAACAAAUUUGGAAUACGACCUACCGUUAUUAUUGGAGGCGCAGUUUCAACUGCAGGUUUUUUGCUGAGUUCAUUUGCACCAAACGUUUACUAUCUGUAUUUUACCCAUGGCAUAGUUGCGAGCAUUGGGCAUGGACUUUGUUUUGGACAAAGCCUGGCAAUUCUUCCUUAUUAUUUUGAGAAGCGUUUCCCGAUAGCAAGCUCACUCACCAGUUCUGGAACAUGUGUUGGGCUUAUUGUAUAUUCAUUACUCUACCAGGUUUUCCUUGAGAUAUAUGGAUGGAAAGGAACUUACCUUCUGGUAUCAGCUCUGAACGCUCACCUCAUACUAUGUGGCGUGCUGUUCAGACCAAUAC